AUGAAUAUGAACCAAUUGAAUGUGGUCUCUCACAUGACUCAAAAUGAAGAUUUCGAUAUUAUAUCUCGUACUGCCGUUGUGAACAAUGAUGAUAAUAAUAUUAUAGAAGAAGAAAUUAAUAUGGAACAUGUUUUUGAGGAAGAUGGAAUAGAAGAUGAAAGUGAAACACAAAGAGAAAAAGAUAAAGCAGUAGAUUGUAACAUUGAAAUACCUUCAAUUUACACCAACUUUGAUGAAAAAAGUUUGCAUGCUGAUAACAAUUGGUUGAAGUCAUAUUCUAAAAGUAAGAAUGAUUUUGCUCUUGAGUUGGGAAAAGAUUCUUUCAAUAACAAAGAAGAAUUUAUUAGAGCUAUUAAGCUCUAUUUUAUCAAAACUCAUAAACAUUUUGAGGUUGUUGAGUCACGACCAACCAUUUGGUCUAUAAGAUGUAAGCUACGUGAACAAGGUUGCAAAUGGACACUUCGUGGAAGUAAACGUGAACGUAGUGGAUUAUUUGAAAUCUCAAAGUAUACUGGUCCACACACUUGUUUACAUUAUAAGAUUAGCCAAGACCAUCCAAACCUAGACUCAAGCGUGAUUGCUCAAGAGAUUCAACACCUUAUUAAAGCAGAACCUUCUACUAGUAUUACUGUUCUAAGAGUUGAAAUAAUUGACAAGCUAGGGUAUACUCCUACAUACAAGAAGGUGUGGGUAGGAAAACAGAAGGCUAUUGAACACGUCUUUGGGGAUUGGGAUGAAUCAUACAAUAUUUUACCUAAGUUUUUGAUGGCGUUACAACGUUCAAUCCUGGUACCAUUGUUGAAUGGUGUGUGUUGGAAGAGAGGGUCAGAUCAAGUGGAAUUUAGACGUAUUUUCUGGGCAUUUGAUCCUUCUAUUAAAGGCUUUAAGCAUUGUCGCCUGGUGAUUAGCAUUGAUGGCACACAUUUGUAUGGAAAGUAUAAAGGUAAAAUGAUGAUUGUAAUGGGAGUUGAUGGUAACAAUCAAAUUUUACCACUUGCUUUUGCUAUCGUUGAGAAUGAAUCUUUCGCUAGCUCGAAUUGGUUUCUUUCACAUAUCAAGAGACAUGUGGUGAAAGAUGUUGACGGGAUCUGCCUAAUAUCCGAUCGUCACCCUGGAAUCUUGAAGGCUGUUAAUGAGAAAGGAUCUCCUUGGUUAGAGCCUCGUGGUUAUCACAGGUAUUGCUUAAGGCAUUUCAUCAACAACUUUAAUGAUAAGUUUCGCAACUCACAGCUAAAGACUUUAGCUUACCGGGCUGGUAGUCAGAAUCAAAUUCGUAAGUUCAAUUCUAUUAUGGAAGAAAUUGGAACAAUAAACCCACAAGCACGUCAAUGGCUUGAGGGACAUCCACGUGAUAAAUGGACACUUGCAUAUGAUGGAGGGAAACGAAAUUGGUUGCUCACUACAAAUUUGUCGGAGAUUUUCAAUAGUGUACUUAAAGGUGCUCGUUUUUUACCAAUCACAACAUGUGUUCAACUUACAUUUUAUAGAUUGGUUCAUUAUUUUGAGGUGAGACGUCCUUUGGGGUCUAGUGCUCAAGCCAAUGGAGAUAUAUAUACUCCUCAUGUUACAGCAAGACAAACCGCUUUAAUGUCAAAGGCUAGUGCACAUUCAUUGAGAUCAUUUGAUCGACAAAAAGGAGUAUUUGAGGUGAUAACUCAAAGGGGAAAAAACAUCCAGGUAGUUAAUCUAGAAUUACGAAGCUGCACAUGUGGCAAAUGGGAUAUAUAUAAGUAUCCGUGUUCUCAUGUUUUGAGUGCAUGUGCUAAACUUUCGUUGAACCCGUGGCAAUAUGUUCAUGAGUGUUACUCAAUUAUAAAUUAUUGUGCAACUUGGUCAUCAGAGUUUUCUCCAAUUCCUCAUGAAGCGUACUAG